AUGACUUCCCGUGUCACAGUUCAACAGGUUAUGGGCCGCACUUCGGCUUAUAUUAAUCUUACUUCCUCUGAAAAACUCACUCCUCUCAACUAUCAUGUCUGGGCUACCAAAAUUCUUUUGGGUCUUCGUGCUAUGAAUAAUGGUGUCCAUCUUUAUGUCGAAGCUGGUACUGUCAAUCCAGCUGCUAAUGAAUCCCUCGAAGACCUCACCGCCUCGCUUGAUACCGUCGUCCAUGAUGUCAUCCUCAACAACAUUUCUCCUGAGUUGAUCGAACAUGUUAAUGAUGUGGCCAUUAGAGGCCGUGACCUCUGGCUUUAUCUUCAUCAGGAGUAUAGUCAACUUCAACCCGCCGAUGUCAUCUCACUUAUGAAAUCCCUCUAUGCUGGCAAUAUUGAUGUUGGUCCAAAGUUUGUUUCUUCUGUUCGUUCUUAUGUUGCUACAUGGCGUUCCAUCUACCAAUCAUUGUCGCCUGAUUCGGUUGUGGCCUUCAACGCUUUGGCCUCAAUGGGUCCCAAUUGUGAGCGCUUCAUCCAGUACGCCUUGGAGCACCGCUUUGAUAGUAACAACAAUACUGACAACCUUGAUAUCAACAACUUCAUCCGGAACACUGAUAAAUGGGCCAAGUUGUUGAAGAUUACUGGACCUCCAGCUACUCUUUCGACUGAAGCGUUCGUUGCUUCAUCAAAGAAGUACAAUAACAAAUCUAAGGGUGAUGGUAUUAAAUGUUUCCGUUGUAAGAGGCGUGGUCAUACUUCCAACAAUUGUCAUGUCUCUUGGGAAGAGGUUCAGGCUGCUCGCCAAGAUAAUAAGGAUGACAAGGAAUCUAAGGAGGCUAAAACCUCAAGAGGUUGGUUUGCUGAGACUAUUGAUGAAUUUUCUGAGAUAGUUGAUGAUGAUCCAUUUCCGUGUGUCGGCGAUGAAGAUUGUUUUGUUGGUCAAGUUUCUGAGUAUUGUUCAAACUCAGGACUUGAUAUUGAUUCAGUUGGUAAACCGUUUGUUGGUUCCACUGAUGAUUCUUGUUUUAAUUCUGAACCGUAUGUCGGUUCUACUGUUGUUUGUUUGGAGUCUGAACCGUGUGUCAGUUCAGCUCCUAUUUGUUUUGAUUCUGAAUCGUUGGUCGAUUCGGAUAUUGUUCCUUUUGAUUCUGAACCGUUGGUCGGUUCUUCUUUUAUUCUUGUUCUGAUUCUAAACCGUUGGUCGGUUCUGAUGAUGAUAUUGUCUUACCUUCUUUUGAUUUUUGGUGGAUUCAAUUACUGA